AUGGCAAUUCAGAACACGAGUUUGAGCAGCCAUUGCGGACCGAGUGCAGGUUGGCGAUUGAAGCCGGUGUCAAGACGGACGAUUGCAGGUGACCGUGCAGAGCAAUGGUGUCGAGAUAGUUCGGCGUCUAGAGCAGGCGUAGAUCGAGGGGGCAGAUGGAUGAAGACAGUCAGCCAGCCAGCCAGCGAGACCGACAGAGGGAGACGGAGUGCAGCUUGGACCCCAGGCUUUUUUAGAAGAGGACCGUGUCCGAGGGUUGGGAUGGCUACAGGACGUGGCUCUGUUGGCCCUGCCUUUCUCGGAGGCACACAGCAAGGGCAGACGGCUCCGACAUGGGCCCAGGGCAAGCACGGCCCACCGGCUGUCUACACCGCACUUACUUAG